CCGGGCUGCCGCCGGCCGCGGACGAAGCGGCGCGCUGGUGUUUGGCGUCGGUCGCAACAGUGCGCGACGCGAGACACCGCGCUCCAGUCCCGGCUCGACACGCGGCCUCCGCGCCGACUGGCUGAGACGCACCGGCGCUGAUCGCGGCUGAUCCCAGCCCUGGCCGUGCCGGGUGAGGAGGUCGGCGGAGGAGGGCACCGUUUGUCGGUCAGUAUGGUGCAGCUGCGAGGCGCCAGUGCCGAGCCGCCGGACCUCGCUGCCGGCUCGCCGGUGAGCCGACACGGCAGCAGCGCCCCGCGCCGCAAGAAGAGCCGCCGUUCGCGCUCAGCGCCCCGCUCGCUGGACGCCAAGCCCAAGAAGCAGAACAAGUACCUGGACACCGCAAGCACGUCCAUCAGCUCGCUGCCCAGCCGGAUUCAGCUCACCAUGCUCAACAGUGGUCUGAUCCCGAUCGCGGAGGAGGACAGAGCAAUCCGCGCCAUUCCGAGGAGGCCGAUUGAGAAGGCCAACUUUAACAAGUACUGUGAGCAGCACAGGAAGUAUCCGAUACUUUUCAAAGUAGAAUUUCAGCACGCGGGCCGGGUAGAAGCUCAUCCAACUAGGCACAGCUCCAAGCCUUGUAAUGAACCCAAGAACCAGAACCAGAAGAUAGUGCCCUAUGACUUCAACCGUGUGGUGCUGGACUCCGGCGGCGCGAGGACCCGGCCGGCGGCUACCGAGUCGGACUACAUUAACGCCUCGUACGUGGACAGCCUGCUGAAGCCCAACGCCUACAUCGUGACGCAGGGGCCGAACGAGCGCACGGUCGGCGACCUCUGGCGCAUGGUCUGGAAGGAGCGCUCACCCUGCAUCGUCAUGCUCACCAAGACGUUCGACUUCAUCAAGGUAAUGUGCGUGCAGUACUGGCCGGUACUGACGGACAAGGAGGAGAUGUACGGCGACUUCGGCGUCACCGUACUCAAGGAAGAGCAACUGGCCAACUUCGUCAUCCGCACCAUCCGUGGCCGUGCCACUCGUGCCCCUUCUCCAACGCGAUCCUGGAGUUCCGGCGCCGGUUCCGGAUCUGCCUCAGCCACCGGACCCCAGGCCUCGACGGCCCCAUCACCGUGCACUGCAGCGACGGGGCCGGAAGGUCGGGCGUGUUCCUGGCCAUCGACGCCAACAUAGAGCUGGCGGAGGAGGACGGCGUGUUUGACGUCUACGGCUACCUCAAGAAGAUCCGGCAGGCCCGGCGCGGACUCAUAGAGCUAGUGGACCAGUACAAGUUCGUGUACGACACGCUGGAGGAGUACGUCAACUGCGGCUACUCGUCGUUCCCGGUGUCGGAGCUGUCGCAGCGGCUGCGCGAGAAGGCCGUGCGACCGCCCGGCGGCGACAGGCUCAACGACUACCAGCGCGAGUUCGGCCGCAUCUGCCGGCAGGUGCCCAAGUUCAGCAUCGGCGACUGCGCCGGCGGCCAUCGCGCCGACAACCGACACAAGAACCGCGACGUCAUGAUCGUGCCGCCCGACAACUUCCGGCCCUACCUGGUGUCGUUCCAGGGGAACGCCGCCACCGACUACAUUAACGCCGUGUUCGUGGACGGCUACUCGCACCCGCGCGAGUACAUCGUGACCGAAUGGGUGACGCCGGGCUCAGUGGCUGACCUCUGGUCGCUCGUGUACGACCACGACUGCACGGCCGUGGUGGUGCUCUGUAACCCAGACGCCUCGCCGAGCUUCCCGCCGUUCUGGCCAGAGAGCACGCGCUCCAGAAAGUACGGCACCGUCUUCACUGUGGAGCACCUUUCGCACCAGCAUUAUCAGAAUAUCAAGUCCUGGAUCUUCCGUAUCAACAAAAAGAUCGUCUCGCUGACGGACCUGAUGGCUGGCGUCAAAGCCGAAUCGAAGACGUGCCAGCUGUUCCAGCUGACCUGCUGGCCGGACGGAUACAAGGUACCCACAUCCACCAACGCGCUCGUCGAGCUGAUGAACAUGGUGGAGAGGUGGCGACAACGCUCCGGCUACGGGCCCGUCGUUGUCGUCUCGCCCGACGGGCAGUGCCGGGCGGGCGUGUACUGCGCGGCAAACGCCUGCAUCGAGCAGGUGGUCCAGCACAGCGAGGUGGACGUGUUCCAGGCGGUGAAGACCGUCCGCCAGCACCGCCCGCAGCUCAUCUCCAACAUGAUGGAGUACAAGUAUUGCUACGACCUGGUCCUGCACUACGUUCUGCACUACCUGAACAAAACCCACGCGGUCCCCUAGAUGAAGUGGCACAUGCAGUUCCAAGAUCCGCCACUUGCGGCGGCAGGUGACGAGACGUGACGUCACAGGAAGCUGCGUCUCCAAACGGUGACGUCACGAGCGAUAAACAUCACUCGGACGUGACGUCAGCUGCGGUCGCCGGCGGCCAGCAGGCCGGGCGCCCGUUUUUUAGCGCGUGUGUUCCAGCCGGGGCGACAUGCGCGCACCUGGCGGCCGUCGGCAGAGACAUCCGGUGGGGACGGCGAGGUCCGCCUCCACACGAAAACGGCCUGCACCCGCUCCUCUUAACACGAAGCGUCUGAUGACAACCACAGCUGCCGAGUUUCCAGUCCCACGUCGCCCAUGACUCGCUCUGGCGUGAUAAGAUUAGAUCCGUGGCAACCGUGUCUGUCCCGAGGGAAUGCGCGAGGUUAUGUCGACACGGCAUGCCCGUUUUGAUCAGCAUUGAAUCUCGGCUGCGCCACCGAACCACACCAACGUGGUCCGCCAUACCAGCAUGGUCUGCUGCACCAGCGUGGUCCGCCGUAUCAGCGCGGUUUGCUGGAUCAGCGCGGUCUGCCGCACCAGCGUGGCCCGCCGCACCAGCGUGGUCCACCACACCAGCGUGGUCUGCCGCGCCACCGCGGUCUGGUGGCAUCGCUCUUAGUUUUGCCCCACACGGAUGUGCAGACUGACUGAUGCUCCCACGCGACUCUCAGGUGUUGCCAAUGCAUAGGACCCGCCCGCUGAGUGACUCAGCACUCGGCGGCGGCUUGCUCUAGUCACGUGAACCGCGUCAUCGUGUCACUCAGCUUCCGAAAAUUAGCAUUAUAGCUGCGUUAGUGUGCCUCAUUUCGUGUUUACAGUGUUAGAAGUUUUUCAUUAUUCGCAUCAAUAGAUGAAAACUGAAAAGGCGCGAGAAAUCUUUUGAAAUUUUGUAUUUGCCAAAAUAUUUCUUCACAAUUAAUGUUCCACGCCACAGGCCCUCUUCCAAAUAAACAAUGUUUGCAUGUUUUGUGACUGCGAAUCUUAACAAAAAAUAUAAACUUUUAGCACUUCCUCUCUAUACAUGUUUCAGAAUAUCCCGUGCGUUGAUAAUGACCAUAUACAGUGUCAAUGGGUGAUCAGUGUUUGGUGCGCACUUGGGCGUAUUUGACUGCGUUAUAGUUAACCCAACGUCGUGAUACUAAUCGAAUUUUGACGAUGUUUUCCCCCUUGAGCCGGACAUUCAAUUAGACUCUACAGCUACGGAAGCCCCGCUAACUCAACCGUUAAAUGUCAACGCAAGAUGGAUUCUCUAGGCUUAGUCGUAUUAGCAUUGAUUUAGUCGUUUAAGCGGACGGUGGGAUUUCGUGGCGGCUAAGAACCGUGUAUACCAAAUAUAUUGGGCA